GUCUCAUCACCAGUGGACCUUUUAGGCGGUGAAAUGUAAGAGUGAGAAUCGAUUGCAACACCAAAAAAAAAAUAAGAGUGUAAAGUUGGAAGUGUUGAGGUUUGGUUAUACAUAAUGUCACCCGUCACUUCCUGCAGAAAGGUCCACAAGACUGUUGAGAUGACGUGAGAAGAGGAACAAAAAUGACGAGGAAAGUGGCAGCAGAUGAGAGGGCAAGCGGACUGAGGUGAAAAAUCCUGAACUCUUUUUUUUUUUUUUUUUUAAUUUUAAGAAAUGUAUUGUGUGCUUUUUCAUGGCAACCUGUGAGGAAAACAACACUAUGGAAACUCAAUGACCACUUCAAGUAUUCAGAUUUGUGUUGUAAUUUUGGAUUUGCACCAAAAAAGAAGGAAUCCCGCCACGGUCAGCUCUUCUCGUUCCUGUCGGAGCUUUCACUAUUUUGUGAAAGGAGCUACAAAAAGGAAGGAAGAGGACACGACAACGUAGACAGACAGUCAGAGAGAGAUAAAGAGGAGGAGAGAAACGCGCUCAGUUGCGUUCAGGGACAGCGGAGAAGAGGACGUUUUAUGGUGUUACACUUGUCCGCUUUCCUCACCCACGAGCAGAGUCAGUAAAGAGUUGUCAGUGCAGGUUCCAGCCGCUGUUUCCCCCCUCUGAUCUUGUUGGCUCGCGCGAAGGCGACGCCAUGGUUCGGUGGUUCCACAGAGACCUGACAGGCCUGCAGGCUGAGGACUUGCUAAAAAAUCAGGGUAUCCACGGCAGCUUUCUCGCCCGUCCAAGUAAAAAGAACGUGGGAGAUUUCUCUCUCUCUGUCAGGGUGGGCGAGAAUGUGACCCACAUCCGCAUUCAGAACACAGGGGACUUUUACGACCUGUACGGCGGGGAGAAGUUCGCCACACUCUCCGAGCUGGUGGAGUACUACACGGCGGACAACGGCGUCCUGCAAGACAAGGACGGCACCAUCAUCGAGCUCAAGUACCCGCUGAACUGCUCCGACCCGACGACUGAGAGAUGGUUUCACGGCCACCUGUCCGGCCCAAACGCCGAGAAGAUGCUGAUCACUCGGGAAGAAUCGGGCACCUUCCUGGUCCGAGAGUCGCUGUCCAAGCCGGGAGAUUUUGUGCUGACUGUUCUGACGGACGAGCGAAGCAAAACGGGGGCGAGGAGGGUGUCCCACAUCAAGAUCAUGUGUCAGAAUGAGCGCUACACCGUGGGAGGCUCAGAUAUGUUUGACACGUUAAGCGACUUGGUGGAAUUCUACAAACGGAAAGGCAUCGAGGAAAUUUCCGGAAACUGGGUAUACCUUAAACAACCAUAUUAUUCCACCAGAGUGAACGCAGCAGAUAUCGAUAGCCGUGUAAGACAACUGGACGAGACCACGCCCAUGCAGCAUGAGGCCGAGGGCGGGAAGAGCAAGGCGGGCUUCUGGGAGGAGUUUGAUGCUCUUCAAAAGUUGGAGGCAAAGGUGAAAAAGAGUCGAGAGGAAGGCCAAAGACCAGAGAAUAAGACUAAAAACAGAUACAAGAAUAUUCUUCCAUUCAACGAUACCAGAGUCAUCCUGGAGGACGGUGACCCCGAGGUCGUGGGUUCAGAUUAUAUCAACGCCAACUACAUCCGAAACACCUUGUGGGAGUCGGAGAAUCAGAAAGUUUACAUUGCCACUCAGGGUUGCUUAGCCACGACCGUUAAUGACUUCUGGCAGAUGGUGUGGCAGGAAAACACUAGGGUCAUCGUCAUGACAACGAGGGAAGUGGAGAAAGGUCGGAAUAAAUGUGUACCUUACUGGCCCGACAGCGAGGGCUCCAAGGUGUUGGGGCGCUACGUGGUGUCCAUCAAGUCGGAGUGGGAAGCGGCCGAUUACAAAGUUCGAGUCUUGGAGGUGGCGCUCGCCAGCAAGCCUAAACGUUCCCGCACCGUGUGGCACUACCAGUAUUUAAGCUGGCCCGACCACGGCGUCCCCCAGGAGCCCGGCGGCGUCCUCAGCUUUCUCACGCAAGUGAAUUCUAAACAAGAGGAAUAUCCUGAUGCUGGUCCAAUGAUCAUCCACUGCAGCGCCGGAAUUGGUCGGACGGGUACCAUUGUGGUGAUUGACAUGAUCAUUGAGACCAUCGACACAAUAGGUCUAAACUGUGACAUUGACAUCUCCAAAUACAUCCAAAUGGUGCGAGAGCAACGCUCGGGCAUGGUACAAACAGAGGCUCAGUACAAGUUCAUCUACUUAGCAGUAUCUGAAUACAUCCAGACCACCAAAGCCAAAGAUGGCGCCUCCAUGGAGGCGGAGACAGAGUAUGAAAAUCUACAGCUCAAACACCCCAUGGGGAGCAGGAAUGUCACUAAAAACAAGGAGUCGGAUAUCUACGAGAAUUUCACCAAAGCAAAGAAAGACAAGAAGAAACCAAAGCCCGAAAAGAAAAGUGGCUCAUUAAAGAAAAAAUAAGUUUUUUUUGUGUUUUUUGAAAGAAUGUUUUGAAGUCGUCUUGUGUUAUUUAUGUCAGCCCAUUUUGUUUCUUCCACCUUUAACAAAACAUGAUUGUUUCCGUUUAAUAAGACUACAAUUCAUUGCCACACUCAAUUUGUGAGAAAUCCAACAAUAGAUAUUACAUUUCACUUUUUACUGUUCUGGGCUACUUUAGCACAUGUACUGUUUCAAUUUACACUUUUUUUUUUAACAUACUAAUACUACUGAAUUCUUUACAUGUACAAUAAAAAAUGAAACUUUCAGUCACAAAGAAGCAUUGACAUUUUUUGGUCACCAUAUUCGUAUCAAGAAUCUACAGUAAAUGUCAGUGCAAAUACUGUAAGUGUUGUACCUUAAAUAGAAAAAAAA